AUGGCGGAAAUUAAGGUUGCAAUCUCCUCUGGAUCUAAGGAUGUUGGAAAAUUGACCAAGGUCGCGACUUACCCACCACCUGUGAUCAAUGACAACCAGAUCUUAUUCAAGGCUGUGGCUUUUGCCUCAAACCCUACUGAUUGGAAGCAUGUUGUAGCUGGAUGGGGUACCCCUGGUUCUAUCGCUGGUUCUGAUGCUAGUGGUAUAGUCGUAAAAGUUGGAAAGGAUGUCAAGGGCUUCGCUGUAGGGGAUUAUGUCUCCUCGGCCCUUCAUGGAAAUUACAGAAAGGAUAGAGGCGCUUUUGCCGAAUACGUAAUUGCCGAUCCAAUUUUCACCAUCAAAUACGACAAGAACACUUUCUCUGAACAGGCUCUUCCAGUAGGCUCCAACCCAGCUGGUAGAAUCACAAAUUUUGAAGGUGCUGCGGCGAUUACCUUGGGAGUGGCAACCAUUGGAUUGUCUUUCUCUAAUAGUUUGAAAAUUGCUAAGGAUAAGCUGAAAAAUGAACUUGAUUAUAUUUUAAUCUGGGGUGGAGCCACUGCUACUGGUAUUAUCGGAAUUCAAAUUGCUAAAUUAGUGUAUGGAUUGAAAGUUAUCACGACUGCUUCUUCCAAGAAUCACAAAUUCUUGAAGUCGUUGGGAGCGGACGAAGUAUUUGACUACAAGGACAGUGAAGUCGUUGACCAAAUUGUUAAGGCUGCCAAUGGUAACAUUAAAUACGCCUUGGAUACGGUUUCGUCCAAGCAGACAUUCCAGCAAAACUAUGAUGCUACAAAGGGGUCUACCAAAGUAGCUUUUGAUAGUUUACUAUUUUUGAGUAGCAAUGAUCUCAAUCGUGACCCUCAAAGAAAGGAGGAUACUUUUGCGACGACUAGAGUUUAUUUGGCUUCAGGGGAAAGUUAUAACAGAGAAGGACAAUCUAUAGUGCCAAGUAAAGAGUUGCUUGACAACUUCAAACAUUUCUGGGAAGAAUUGAUUCCUCCUUAUUUAGGCCAAAUUAUUACUCCUGGAUUGCGAGUUUUGGCCCCUGGGUUGGAAUCUGCAAGCGAAGCUUUGGAAUUGUUGAGACAAGACAAAGUUAGUGGCGAAAAGGUGGUUUUCAGAAUUUAG